UUGCUGGCAAUGUCCGGUAUUCCAAAUUGGAAGACUAUCAAAACUGAUGGAGCCAUUCGUUACAUAGAGUUAUUAUUGCUAGUGGAUAUGUCAACAUACAUUUAUCAGCUGAAUAUACGCAUAAUCGUUGUUGAUGUGGUUAAAGUGAUUGGCUAUAACUUAACUCUCGAGCAAAUUGGAAAAUAUCGAAAACAGAGUUUAACAAAAAUGGCGAAACAUGAUGCACUGAUGCUUGUGAGUAGAAGUUUCGACGGAGGUAUCGCAUACGUUGGCGGAAUUUGUGGGCCUAAUGCGAUUGCAAUCACAGGAUUCUAUCCACAAUCAUCCAUGGAAUAUUCCUCAGUAAUUUUCCAUGAAUUAGCUCACCUAUUGGGAGUGCCACACGACAUCAAAACUGAAUGCUCAUGCAGUUAUGAACUGUUGGGAAAUUGUUUGAAAAUCGAUGGUUACGACAAUGAUUGUUCAGCUCAAGCUCUUGUUGAUAAUUUGCCUUGGCAUUCAUGCAUACAAUCACCACCAGAGGAACUGCCUGCAACAGUUUUGCCGAUAUGUGGUAAUGGUGUUUUGGAACCGUCGGAAGAAUGUGACUGUGGGCCAGAAAGAUUUUGUUCUUCACUUGUAUGUGACGCAUCUGCAUGCAGGCGUACUAUAAGUAAUAUGCAAUUAGUGUAUAUUUUGAGCUUUAUUUUAUUCAGCGCAACUGUAUUGUUAUUUUUCUGUGUGAAAUUCAUCGCUAAUCGUAGAGAUCGAGUCUUCUCGAAUAACGUAAUAAAAGCAGACACGAAAAAUAUCUGGCAAGUUUUAAAAAAUUAUAUAAACAAAAAUUUAAUGAAAAAUUAA